AAUCCUAUCUCUCUUCCCUGUUUAUUCCCAGGUCGAGUUGUGCAUCACCGCUACGUAUUACUUCAUUCGCAUUGCAUAUGACCUUCCAGCGUCUUCUGCUCCAUUCCAGCAAACUUCGCAGGUUAUUCCUACGAAGAUCAUACUUGGAAGAUAUCAGCCGCAGAAUGAGUGCUUGAACUAUAUAACCGAAAGAAUCCAUAUUCGCAACAGUACAACAUCCGACUCUCGGGUAUCUUGUAGGUCACCUUGGUCCUGGAGCGCAAUCCAACCACAAGGCAGACUCAACAAACAGAACCAGUCGGAUCCCAUCACACUGCAGACAGAUGAAAUGUCGCAACCUAAGAAAUGGCCCGAGCACAGCCAGGAAGAAGCCUUGCCGGCAGACGCAGAGUCCGUCGGCGGAUCAACCACCUCCGAUGAUACAAUCGACCAACUGGAAGCGCUGCGGACGCUGAACACACGAGCAUCACGACUGUCAGAGCCGUCUCUGGCAAGAAAAGUGACUUCAAUCGGUACCACUGGCACCGCGGAUCCCAACUUCGAGGUCGACUACGAGGGUGACGACGACCCAGCGAAUCCAAAGAAUUGGUCGUUCCGAUACAAGGCCAUGGCUAUCGCGUUCUUAUCCUUCAACACGUUAAUUGUUGUCCUCUACUCGACUUCCUAUACCUCUGGCAUAGCAGUUAUCGCGUCCGAGUUCCACACGUCAGAGACUAUCGUCACUCUGGGCUUGACCUUCUACCUGGUUGGCCUGGCCAUCGGGUCGAUGUUCAUGGCUCCGAUGAGCGAGAUCUACGGCCGCAAACCGGUCUCCAUCGGCUGUCUGUUUGUUUUCACCGUCCUGAUUAUCCCCUGUGCGCUCAGCAAGUCCGUCGAGGCACUCAUCAUCGUCCGCUUCAUUGGCGCCUUCUUCGGUAGCGUCAUGAUCUCUAGUGCUCCGGGUAUGGUUGCCGAUUUGGUGCAAGACGAGAAGCGAGCCCUAGCCAUGUCCGUCUGGAGUAUUGGUCCUGUCAACGGCCCAGUGCUGGGCCCGAUCAUUGGCGGUUUCGUGACGCAGUAUCUGGGCUGGCGGUGGAUGGACUGGAUUGCCCUCAUGCUGUCUGGAGUUGCGCUGGGUCUCUCGUGCGUCAUGAGAGAAACCUAUAGCCCUGUGAUCUUGCAGAAGAAGGCGGCCACCCUCCGCAAAGAGACGGGCGAAUCACGCUGGUGGAGUCGCUAUGACCAGAAGAUGUCUCUGGGCGAGCUCUUGAAGCUGAACCUGGGCCGUCCGUUUGUCAUGGCAGUCACCGAACCCAUUUGUAUCUUCUGGAACAUUUACAUCGCCAUUGUGUACGGCAUCCUCUACCUCUGUUUCACCGCUUAUCCCAUCGUCUUCCGUCAGAUCCGCGGCUGGUCCCUGGGACUCUCCGGACUUGCCUUUUCCGGAAUCGGCAUUGGCUGCCUGAUCACCAUCACCUGCGAACCGCUGAUCCGACGGCUGAUCAAUAGCCACAAAAUCGACCCGGAAACGGGCAAGGUGGCCCCCGAAGCCAUGGUGUCCAUAGUCUGCAUCUCGGCCGUCCUCAUCCCCGCCGGCGAGCUGUGGUUCGCCUGGACCUGCGCCCCAGCGUCAAUCCACUGGGUCAUCCCCAUCCUCGCCGGCGUUCUUUUCGGCGCCGGCAACACGGGCGUCUUCAUCUAUGCGUCCAACUACCUCACGCAGAGUUACGGGGUGUAUGCCGCGUCGGCAAUGGCGGGCAACUCUGUCAUUCGGAGUAUCCUGGGCGGUGUGUUGCCCUUGGUGGGCUCGUAUAUGUACGCGGGGAUCGGGCCCAACUGGUCGGGGACGCUGCUGGGAUUGCUCGAAGUGGCCAUCAUCCCGAUUCCGUUUGUUUUCUACAAGUACGGGUAUAAGAUCCGUCGGAAGAGCGCGCUGAUCAUGCGCAUGCAAAUGGAUCAGAUGCGGUUGGAGGGGAAGCGGAAACGGCUGGUGCAGCGCCUAGAAGGCAGCGCGCCAGCUGAGCAGGUGAAGAUGGAGGUUUAGUCUUCUCAACACAGCGUCUAGAAAAAGUGAUUUACCCAUGCAUAGAGGCGUCAUUUUAAUUCAGCAUAGCAUAUAACCUAACUAUGACUUAUGUUUAAUGAUCACCAACCACAACGAAUCAAAAGCAAACAA